CCCCGCGGCCGCGCGAGUGCUGCGCGUGGCGGCAGCAUGGGCCGGGCCGGCGGGAGCGGUGGGGCGGCGGCGAUGGACGCGGUGCGCAGCUUCGAGCGCUGGAAGAAGAAAUACACCCGGCGGACGAAGAGGCUGCGGCUGCAGCGCAAGGAGAGGAAGCGGCCCGAGUGGCAGGUAGAGCGGGAGAACAUCGCCCGCCUGGUGCAGCGCUACCCCGAGAUAAAUGCAAGUGAAAUCCAAAGAUUUUCAGAUUUUCCAUUGUCAAAAAAAACCCUAAAAGGACUGCAGGAAGCUCAGUAUCGUGUGGUAACAGAGAUACAGAGGCAAACCAUAGGUUUGGCUUUACAAGGUAAAGAUGUACUCGGAGCUGCAAAGACUGGAUCAGGCAAAACCUUGGCUUUUAUUGUUCCAGCUUUGGAACUCCUGUAUCGCCAACAGUGGACUUCCGCUGAUGGACUGGGAGUCCUGAUAAUAUCGCCGACCCGGGAACUGGCAUAUCAAACCUUCAAGGUUCUGCGUAAAGUGGGAAAGAAUCAUGAGUUCUCAGCUGGUCUUGUCAUUGGAGGAAAGGAUCUGAAAGAAGAGUCUGAAAGAAUACACCACAUAAAUAUGCUAAUUUGCACUCCAGGACGGCUUCUACAACACAUGGAUGAAACUUCAUAUUUCUAUGCAUCUGAUCUGCAAAUGUUGAUUCUCGAUGAAGCUGAUAGAAUUCUAGACAUGGGGUUUGCUGAUACAAUGAAUGCAAUCAUAGAAAAUCUACCUAAGAAACGCCAGACCUUGCUUUUUUCUGCAACACAAACAAAAUCAGUGAAGGAUCUUGCACGUCUGAGUCUGAAAGAUCCAGAAUAUGUUUGGGUUCAUGAGAAGGCCAAAUUCAGUACCCCAGCAACUUUGGAUCAGAAUUACGUUGUCUGUGAACUUCAGCAAAAAGUAAACAUGUUAUACUCUUUCCUGAGAACUCAUUUGAAAAAGAAGAGCAUUGUGUUUUUUGCAAGCUGUAAAGAGGUCCAAUAUCUGUUCAGAGUUUUCUGUAAGCUUCAGCCUGGUCUUCCUGUACUGGCACUCCAUGGCAAGCAGCAGCAGAUGAAGAGAAUGGAAGUCUACACUUGCUUUGUUCGGAAAAAGGCAGCAGUACUUUUCGCUACAGAUAUUGCAGCUCGUGGUCUGGAUUUUCCAGCAGUGAACUGGGUCAUUCAGUUUGAUUGUCCAGAAGAUGCAAACACAUACAUCCACAGAGUGGGAAGAACAGCCAGAUACAAAGAAGGUGGUGAAGCUUUGUUAGUAUUGCUGCCCUCAGAAGAAAAAGGCAUGGUGGAACAGCUGGCACAGAGGAAAGUACCUAUCAGUGAAAUCAAAAUUAAUCCUGAAAAACUUACAGACAUCCAAAAGAGGAUGCAAGCUUUCUUAGCUCAAGAUCAGGAGUUAAAAGACAAAGCUCAAAGGUGUUUUGUAUCCUACUUGCGUUCAGUUUAUUUAAUGAAGAACAAGGAAGUAUUUGAUGUUUUCAAAUUGCCUCUAGCAGAAUAUGCCCUGUCACUUGGUCUUGCAAUGGCACCUCGUGUGAGGUUUCUUCAAAGAGUUCGGAAACAGCUAUGUGCAAAUGAGGCAGCCAAUGGGACAGAUCACUCAGAUGAGGCAGAGCAAAAUGAAAAUACCCUCUCCUCAAUAAAAGGAGUGGAGAAACGUGGAACUAAUUUCAGUGGAAAAACAUCUGUUGACAAAACAAAGGAAAAUGAGAGAAGGAAAGAAAUAGAGGAAUGUUCUUCCAGUGAAGAUGCUGAGGAGAGUGAUGAGUCUGAGGAUGAGUUGAAAGAACUAUCUGAGGAGGAAGAGGCAGAAAAAGAAGGUCCUAUACCAAGCAGGGUACCAAACUCAGACUCUGCACAGUUCUUUGAAGAUGAUGAUGACGAUGACGAUGAUGAUACUAAAGGUCUUGAUUUGCUGACAGUGAAACAACGGGAUGUUUUUGGUGUUGAAAGUAACGAUAAUCCAGCACCGAGUGCAUCAAAAUCAAAGGUGAAGAAGAAAACAACUAAAACCCAAGAAGCCAAAAAAAUUUUGAAGAAGAAGUUUAAAGUUAACACAAAAAUAGUCUUUACUGAAGAUGGAGAGUUAGUGCAGCAGUGGCCACCUGUGCAAAAAUCCAGUUUGGCGAAAGCAGGUGAGGAAGACGAUGCCACCGGUAUUAACUUAGAUAAAGCGAAAGAGAUACUGCGUGAAGAAGACAAAUUUGACAAAGAAGAAUACAGGAAGAAAGUAAAGGAAAAACAUAGGGAGAAGAGGCUGAAAGAAAAAGCAGCAAGGAGAGAAGCCAGGAAUAAGAACACACAGGCUGAAGAGGAAACAGUGGCCUUUCUUGCUCACAGUGGAAGUGAAGAAGAGUUUGAUCCAAGUACUCUUCCAGAUCCUGAUAAAUACAAAGAUUCUAAUGAAGAGCAAGAUUCAGAAAGUGAAGACAGCUAUAGUGAACUUGAGGAGAAGGGUGGAAGAAAGAAGAGAAGCUAUAGCAACAGUACCACAGCAGAAGAAAUGCCACUCAAAAGAAAGAAGGUAAAAUUCAGCCAAGAGGAGGACCCUUAUUUGCCAUUAGAUACUGGACUUUCUCUGGCAGAGGAUGAAGAGCUUGUUCUGCAUCUGCUCAGCAGUCACAGCUAAUUAUUUUUCUGCACACUUUCUUCCCUGGGACAUCUCUACAAUUUUGUCAGUAGUUUACGCAAAAUGAAUUUGGCAUCUGGGCAGCUGGGUACCAGUGGAUGUAGAUAAAUGAGUUCCACAUGCAAUGGGAUUGCCUUAGAUUGACUCACAGAUUAGAGACAAUAUUUAGUUUGAUUUAUAAGGCUUUCUAAAUGAACUUUUCAACCUAAGUCCCCAGAUGUCAUUUUGCAGUAACACAUUCAUAAUUUAAAAUCUCCAAGUUUUGAAGCAAUUAUCAUCUUUUCUUUUAAUGUUGCUUUAAAGGAAAACAGGAUGUUCCUUUCUUAACUGUGUCAGGUUUGUUGUUAUUUUGGAAGAUAUAUGUGUAUUAAUAUUAUUAAAGAAAAAUUCUGUUGGCAGCUCAAGUCAUUUUACUUAAAAAUACUUCUUCAGUCUCUCAUGCACAUAUUUAAAAAAUAUUUUAAUAAAAAUUUCUGGAGCCUUGAUGUAAA